AUGCCUGGGGCAUGGUCAGAUAGUCCAUUUCCUCUGUCGAUUGUAAUGACGGUAUGCACAACUCUUGGGGCAGUAGCCCUGCCUCCUGUACUAACAAAGAUAUUGGCAGGGACUUACAUCCCUGUGGAUGCUGCCAAACUGUCAAUCAGCACCAUGCAGGCUGAUCUGUCUCUAAUGGCUCAUGCUCAGACAGUGUUAUCUGGAGAAAUUGGGGUGGUUAUUCUUUCUGUGCUGUUAGUACACAUUGCUGGUUUCUUUGCGGGGUAA